AUGUCCAACUCCCUGGCCUUCUCCGUGCCGCUAUCCUGGGCACCGGAAGCGCGGGAAGUUGUGAGGGCUUCGCAGAGCUCUGUCUCCCCUGGGCCGAGCUUUCACAGCGCCAAAUCGAGUGCCGUUCCUGCGAUCACUUCCGUCGUAGCUGCGGCCGUGGCUGCGGCGCAUUGCUCCCAUUCCAAGGCUCGGAUACCACCUCAGCUACAGCGGCUUCCACGGCUCGCGAAGGGUGGAACCCAGAGCGAUAGGGCCGAGACCGCCACCGCCGGCGCCACCCACCUCCUGCAGAGACGCGAGGUUUCCCAGGGAGGUGAGAAUGAUUUUCCGGAGUCGCGGCUGGACAGGGCUUGGUACUGGCUCAGAGAUAAGAGCGAGGUGGGCUGGAAAGCAGCCCGGAAGGGAUGGGCGAGGGCACGUGGGCAUACAAGCGAAUUGCUGAAGAAGGUGAAGAAGUCGAGCAAAGAGGCAGAUCUACCGGGUCGAUUCAAAAAGGCUCGGCAGCUUGCUCUGGAUCGCUGGAAGCGGACCAAGCCCAGCCAGAAACUUCUUUCCUGCAUUCUGGCUCUCUUGCUGCUCUUGGCAACCUGUCGGCCAAGCCACCCGCCGGUGUCGACGCCGAGCCAGCUGGCGACUCCGGCGCCUACCCUGCAGCUGCUUCCGGAUGAGGAAGCGCGACUGCAGAUGCUGGCCGAUACCUCGCCGAGCGUUGUCUAUGUGACCGGGAAGCCCACCCCGUGGAUGCCGAAGGAGGUGCCCGAAGGUGGCGCAAGCCCAGGGGGAACCGCCUGGAUGUUUGAUCGCCGCCAUGUGGUCACAAGCCUCAGCAACAUCGACCUCGCCCAACGGGGAUCCCUUCGGGUGAUCUUUGAGGACCGUACUGAGCUCCCCGCGCGUGUCGUUGGAACGGAUCCCGGAAGCGACUUGGCUGUUUUGGAGAUCCUCUGGCCCAAACGCUCGGCAGACGCUCCGAGGCAACGGCCCCCUGGCUUGACCUUGGGUGCAUCCUCCAGUCUCCAGUUGGGACAGGAUGUGACAGUCGUUGGCCGCAAACCAGCUCUAGACAUGAGUGUUUCCCGUGGUGUGGUUUAUGGCCUCGGACAACCCUUGGUGUUGAAUUCCGACCGCCCAGUCCAGAGCAGCAUUCAGACCGAUGCGGUGAUCCAAGCCUCGAACCGGGGAGGGCCUUUGCUGAACAGCCGCGGUCAGGUGAUCGGAAUGGCGAUAGGGCCGCUGGAGGAGUCUCGCAUCAGCCAAGCCAUCCCGGCUGAUAGCUUGCGGAAAUACGUCCAAAGCAUCCUUGAUAACGGCCAUGUCAGUCGGCCGGCUCUUGGAAUCUACCUGGAACCCGAUGGUUUCGCCGAGCGCCUGGGUGCCCACGGCGUCGUCGUGCAGGAAGUGCUUCCCGGGCCUGCCCGCAAAGCGGGCUUAAAGGCAGGCGACAUCAUCAUCUUUCAAGGGGACGUGGCCAUCCGCCGAAUGGAUGACCUGGUCACAGCCCUCGAGAUGUACCACCCCGGCGACGGUUUCCAACUGCGUGUGCUGCGCCAGACUGCUGGCGAAGGGCUCGGCGCAGCGUUUUCCACAGGGAGCUAUUCGACCGUGGACCUACGAGUUGUACUGGGAACAUCGGACAGAGAAAAGCGCUGUGAGCAGUCUCGCACGAUUCCGAGUGAGUACGUCUUCGUGGUUGGAGUUACAGUUGGCCUGCUCCCCGGUGGCGCGGCAAGGGCCGUCGCAUCAGGGAAGGAGCACGAUAACAUUGUCGUCGCCGCCACCCAGGUGAAGAAGCUCCAGGAGAAGUGGCCUGACCUCGCCGCGCAGGGCCCUGAGGGUGCGAAGGCAGCCCUAGAGUUCUUCAGCAACGUGAUGUACUCGACGUUGACCAUCAAAGUGCCAGCUGGCUCGAGCGUGGGCGUCGACAUCGAGGAUCGUACCGUCACGAACGUCAACUCUCGGAAACUGGGUUGGAACGCAGGUGAUUUCAUUCUGGCGAUCAACGGCGAGGAAGCCAAGGACGAGGAGCAGGUUGUCAACGACGUGAAGAAGGCCAAGCAGGAGGGGAAGGAGAUGGUCUUCACCGUGCAGCGGCUGUCUGAAUCGCCAUGGGUGACGCUGGACAGGUCUCUGACGGAAGUCUACGCGACUGUGGACUCCGAAACACCACUCCCGGAGCCCGACCAGGUCAGCGACAUGCUCCGCGAUCUGAAGAACAACUUGAACCUGGCUAGAGAUGACGUGCUCCCAAUGUCCGCUGUCAAGGACAAGCUUGAUGCUGUUGGCAAGGCGCUCGAUGCCUUCUCAGUCGUCUGA